UAUUGCGAUUGCGAACAUACGAAGUGGUCCGUCCAUCCACCAUUAGCCUUCUCUAUUUACAUUUCUCUCACUUCGUUCUUUCUUUCUCCUCCGAGUUGGUAAUAAAUAACUCAGUACACGAGAGUGAGUCACGCUGACUCGGUGGUACAGACGGCUAUUCUUCAUCUCGCCACGCAUCAUUCUCUCUUCACCCAAUCGAAUAUCUCACUAACAGCUUCGAUCUCUUUCGUCUUCCACUACAACUUCACACACACUUUUUUUAUCUUCUUUCUCUUCCUUGAUUUUAUAGAUUCUGCUUUCAUAAUCGUCACCAAAGUCUUACAAACCUAGGUCCAAUUUUUUUUGAAUAAUUUGUUUUAGAUAUUUCAUAAUUCGAAUCUUGCUAUGCUUGUUUGGAUUGGAUUGAAUAAGAGAAGUUAUCAGACGCGGUUGUUGAGUUGAAUAUCGAUGAGGAUCUGUUUCAGAUAACUAUUUUUGUUCUUUUCGGUUGAUCUUUUCUUGGAGUAGGAUUUUGUAAUCUGUGUUGUGGAUAUAGAGAUUUUGGAAGUAUGGUUACCGGCAACAUUUUUCAUUGUAGAAAGAAUUCGUGGCCUACUGAAGAGUAUAUCAGUAAAUCCACUUUACAGUUGUUUGAUUUGGAUAGUGCUGCUCCGCCUGAACAAGCUUGGAGAAGGAGAUUAAAUAGUCAUGCCAAUCUUCUUAAAGAAUUUAGAGUAACUUUUACGGAAGCUAUAAAGAUGGUUCGUUUAGGUAUACGCAUGUGGUCAUAUGUUAGGGAAGAGGCUUCUCAUGGAAGGAAAGCACCUAUAGAUCCUUUCACUCGAGAAAGUUGCAAGCCAUCUGCAUCUCAAGGGGUUCCACUUGGAGGGAUGGGGAGUGGCAGCAUAUCAAGAGGAUUUAGAGGUGAGUUCAGACAAUGGCAAAUCGUUCCUGGUGUAUGUGAACCAUCACCUGUCAUGGCCAACCAGUUCUCUAUUUUUGUCAGUAGAGAUGGAGGAAACAAAAGUUUCGCAUCAGUUUUGGCUCCUGGACAGCAUGAAGGUUUAGGAUCCAGCAGGAAAGCUGAUGAACAGGGUAUAUCAUCAUGGGGAUGGAAUCUAAAUGGCCAGCACUCAACUUAUCAUGCUUUGUUUCCAAGAGCUUGGACCGUUUAUGAUGGUGAGCCAGACCCAGAACUAAAAAUAUCAUGCCGGCAGAUAUCCCCUUUCAUACCACAUAAUUACAGAGAAAGCAGUCUACCCGCAGCUGUUUUUGUCUAUACGUUGGUAAACACUGGCAAGGAAAGAGCUAAAGUCAGCCUUUUAUUUACUUGGGCGAAUUCCAUUGGUGGAGACUCUCACUUGUCAGGAGAUCAUGUGAAUGAACCAUUCAUAGCUGAAGAUGGUGUCUCCGGAGUACUUCUAUAUCACAAGACAGCAAAAGACAACCCUCCUGUGACUUUUUCUAUUGCUGCAUGUGAGACACAGAAUGUUAGUGUUUCUGUUUUGCCAUGUUUUGGGCUGUCUGAAGGAAGUAGCGUAACAGCAAAAGAAAUGUGGUCUAAAAUGGUGAAGGAUGGACAAUUUGACCGGGAAAAUUUCUCUUCUGGACCCAGCAUGCCCUCAUCCCCUGGAGAGACACUAUGUGCUGCUGUUUCAGCUUCUGCAUGGGUAGAACCUCAUGGAAAAUGUACUGUUGCAUUUAGUCUUGCAUGGUCGUCUCCUAAAGUAAAGUUUGUGAAAGGCAGCACUUUCCACAGGAGAUAUACAAAAUUUUAUGGGGCUUCUGAUGGAGCUGCAGUGGACUUGGCUCAUGAUGCACUGACAUAUUAUAAACGGUGGGAAGAAGAGAUUGAGAAAUGGCAGAAUCCUAUUCUUAAGGACGAGUCGCUACCUGAAUGGUACAAGUUUACAUUAUUUAAUGAACUCUACUUUCUUGUUGCUGGAGGAACAAUUUGGAUUGACACUCCUUUGCUGUCUUCAAAUAUGAAGAAUAGCCAACAAGAUCAGGUAAAAGAGUCAGAAAAUGCAGUAGUCGGAAUAACUGAAUCCCAUAAUCAUGUGGAUGAAAAAAAUUAUAGAGAUAUAUCCCAUGAAAAUGGAUCUGCAAACACUCUCAUAAAAGGAAACUUCACUGACACUCGGUAUUCUUCAACAAUGAAGAACCUACAAUAUGAUGAUGAUAAUGAUGAUGCUGGGAGGUUCUUGUACUUGGAAGGUGUAGAAUAUGUCAUGUGGUGCACAUAUGAUGUGCACUUCUAUGCUUCAUUUGCGCUUCUUAUGCUCUUUCCUCGUAUUGAAUUAAAUAUACAGCGUGAGUUUGCUCAAGCUGUCCUGUGUGAAGAUGGAAGAAAAGUAAAGUUUCUGGCAGAGGGAAACUGGGGAAUUCGUAAGGUGUUUGGGGCUGUCCCACAUGAUUUGGGGAUGCACGAUCCAUGGCAUGAAAUGAAUGCUUAUAACAUUCAUGAUACUAGUAAGUGGAAGGACCUUAACCCAAAAUUUGUACUUCAGGUGUAUCGAGAUUUUGCUGCAACAGGUGAUUUGCAAUUUGGAGUCGAUGUGUGGCCUGCGGUCCGUGCUGCAAUGGAGUACAUGGAACAAUUUGAUAGAGAUGCGGAUGGUCUUAUUGAGAAUGAUGGUUUCCCUGAUCAAACAUACGACACAUGGACAGUCCAUGGUGUAAGUGCUUACUGUGGUGGUCUUUGGCUUGCUGCUCUUCAAGCUGCAGCUGCAAUGGCCAUUGAACUAGGUGACAGAGAUUUUGCGGAAACAUGCAAAAGGAAGUUUCUGAAGGCUAAGCCAGUAUUUGAACAAAAGCUGUGGAAUGGUUCUUAUUUUAACUAUGACAGCGGAUCAAGUGGUAACAGUAAAUCCAUUCAAGCCGAUCAAUUGGCUGGGCAAUGGUAUACAUCAUCCUCAGGGUUGCCCUCUCUUUUCGAUGAUUUCAAGAUCAAAAGUUCUCUCCAGAAGGUUUUUGAUUUCAAUGUGAUGAAAGUUAAAGGAGGCAGGAUGGGUGCUGUAAAUGGCAUGCAUCCCAGUGGUAAGGUGGAUGAAACUUGUAUGCAGUCUCGAGAAAUAUGGACGGGUGUAACCUACGGUGUCGCAGCAACGAUGAUACUUGCAGGAAUGGAAGAGGAGGCCUUCAAAACUGCUGAGGGUAUAUUUCUAGCAGGCUGGUCAGAAGAUGGAUACGGAUACUGGUUUCAGACUCCAGAGGCAUUCACAAUUGACGGGCAUUACCGGUCCCUCAUAUAUAUGAGGCCACUGUCAAUUUGGGGUAUGCAAUAUGCAUUAACUCUGCCAAAGGCGGUACUUGAGGCCCCUAAAAUUAACUUCAUGGACAGAAUCCACCUAUCUCCUGUUAGUGGAGGAUUCCCUCAUAACGAACCAGGUGUGAGAAAGAUUGCGAAAACAAAAUGCUUUAGCAAUUCUGUGUUUCAUUGUGCUUGCUGAUUGUUAACAUGAGCACAUGAAAAUUUUGUAUAGGUAAAAUUCUUCACAUUGUUCCUAACCCAACCCUUUAAUAGAGAAGCGUCAACAAUGGUGGCCAAGGGCCAGGGGUCGGUUGUAACUUGUAAUAAUAAAUAGCCUGUAAGUUCAAACAUUGUAGAUACCUUUUACUGUAACUGUAUAUUCUUAUGUACUAAAGUUCCCAAAAUAUAAUUUAAGUAAAUCGCAGGAUGAACCACAACAUUAUUGUUGAAACUCAAUUGAAAUGUGCAAAUUGUCAUGUCAUGUA